UUAGCGUGUGGAUAACACGAGUUACGUACCCACCUGGGCUCUUGAGGUUUCUCAAUCACCUCACCUCACUUUCUGAACUACAGAUUGACUUCUUCACCAUCUCAUCUCAUCGUCUCGUUGUUUCUCCUUGUUCAGGUGUCUUUUCUUCCUUUUCCUUUCUAUUCUCCUCCUCAUUAUCGCCAUCACCGUAACCCAUCGCCAUUUUGGCCUUCUCUGCCCCUCGUCUCCCCGGCUCGACUUUCUCCAAAUUGCCGUACCCCUUUCUCUCGGCCGUCGCUUGCCCCGAAUCUCCCAGAACCCUUCGAACGCUUUCGAUCUUUCGAUCUUCCACAUUCUACAUCUAUCGUCUCCUGUGAUCGUUUGGCCUCAGACCUCGACACUUGUAGCGUUCUAUCCGCAGUUGCAUUUGCUUAGCCAUUCGCUUCUGCUCUCUCCAGAUCCCUGUGACGGUUCUCGACGACCGGAAAUCUGCCUGCCCUGUCGAUCAUAACCCUCAUCUCACGAGCGAACUCCGUAAUACUUUGUUUCCUCGCCUCACUCGUCUACUUCACCGUUCCAUUGCCCCGAACUGUCGACGACCCUCUCAUGUUCCGUUACAACUAGGUCGAGAUUCAAGCUGUCUGUCACGACUCUUGAUCUUGUCCCCAAUCUCCAUUAGCAUAUCUCGUCUUGUAGCAGAGUCAAAGUCUGCUCACGGUAAUAGUGAGCUGCUUCCUCAGCACGAUCAAUUCCCUUUGUUUCUGGUCGCUGGCGUCCUUAACCACAGCCUCCUCAUCUUCUUUCGUUUGUCAUAAAGAUAUAACAGGAAAAAAAAAACAGGUAGGUGGUUACGCAAAUCUCUCCCGGCUAUCUGCGGGAAUGCAACCCAAGAAGGGAUAUCCGGAUUGUUCAAGCUUUCUUUGGUCUUUGUAGGCCGUGUCUAGUGAAAACCGUGCUAACAUGAAUCUUGGCCACAGUUGCUCUUUUGUUGAGUGCAAACACACUGCACCUCGAACCGACCUCGUCCGAUCCCUUCGAAUUAAGACCGAAGGUAUUCAACAGGCACUCUCGCGGUCACGCUUGUUGUUGACGGCUGCUUUACUGCUCGUUAUACGUCAACGCAAACUAUGGCUGCUCUGGUUCAGACCUUUCCCCAGCAAACUGCAACGGUUACAAUGCUCCAGACCCGACCGUCUUCUUCAACAAGCAUGAUACCCAAUAACCAAGGCCAGGCUGGCCAUCAGUAUGCGGCAGCGGCUCAAGCCCCAAGAUAUGCUGUUCCUUCUCCUACUGGCUACCGGGGUAGUUCGACUCCUGUCCAGCAAUACGCUUUCACUAGCACACCGACCCUGAACCAUACACAAUCUUGGCAACCGCAAGGUCAACCGACGCGAAACUAUAACCACAACGCCAACUACGGCGGACGCCAGUUUAGUUCCUCAGCUACCAACGUGCAAUACAAUGCCAUGGGCGUUGGCCAAACGGGUGCUCGUGAUGAUUCUGCCAUUCCUCAGCGACGAAACAUUGUGCCUGCUCCUCGACCUCAUUCUGCCUUCCUUGCUGGCCCUACACAACCAACCUCUCCAACUUCUUCAAGCAAAGCUGCACCGGACAGGUAUAGACGGUCACUCACUCCUCAACAAAACCAGCACGGGCGUUCUCAGAGCACAGCUGUCCCAGUGAAUGGAAUGCCUACUGCAACUCAACUCUAUAAUGGCCCCAAUCCUGCCCGCUCGGCGAUUCCAAACAGACCCAACAGCUUCUAUAAUGCUAUGCCUGGCACAUCUAUGGAUGAUAUGCAACUUCUUCAAUCUCCCAUGGAUGAUUCAAACCGAUCCCGCCGUCGAAGUCUUCGUGCCGAUUCUGACCUGUCGAAGCCUGCUACGCAUGACAAGAGCAAGGCAGAUGGAAACUCCCAAACACUGCGUGUUGUCACUAACGCUGCCGCACACUCGCGCAACGGAAGUUCUGAGAGUGUAAAUUCCAGCCGCAGCAGUCACUCUCGACCAUCCUCGUCUGCCAACCGUAAUGUGUCUGCCCCCACUGGAAACCCCUCUUCCCAGGCAAACAGCGAAAUCACUUCUAAGCAAGAUCACGCCAAGGUCAACAUCCCACCUCGAGGAUCAUCUUCCGAUGCGAUUAAACGCACUACAAACCCUUCACCUCUCUCUAGACCAGCUACCAUGGCUAGCGAGGUCGCUGAAGACGGAUCUUCUAAUGCAUCAGGUGCGGGUAAAGUAGACUCACCCGCGGCUAAACAGCUUGCUGCUAUCAAAGAUAAAGGACGCAAAUCCAAGAGCAAGACCUCCAGACUGCGACGUGCUUUCUCAUUUGGAAGCGCAGCCGACUUCCGUAAUGCUGAUGAGGGUGAGGGAGCUGAUAAGACAGAACCCUCCAAACUCCACAAGGACCCAACGGCCGACGAAGCUUACGAUGCCGAACAAGCACGUAUCGCGGAAGCGCAGGAGGCUGCAGGCCUCGGACACAGCAUCUAUGGUGGCAGAUUCUUUGGUGGCUCAACCGACAACCUCUCCAUCUCCUCGACAGCGUCAUCGGCUUCUAUCAUGAUUCGAAAGAUGGGCCGAGGUAUGAAGAAGGGUGGUCGAUCUUUUGUUGGAAUUUUCCGACCCAAGUCAGUGAUUGGAGUUGCUCCUGCUGAUGGACCUGUAAAGCCCGAGGCUAGCCAAGCUGCUGUAUCGAUGGUCACUGUCGAGGCUGAGACUCAACGAGUUAACGUGUCGGCCGAUCCCAGACAGACAGAUACCUUCCCCCAUCUUGAGCGCAAUUCGAUCGAUACCAAUUUGGGUGCCGAGAUUGCUGAGCGUCUUGGGAGCUCUGGAACUGACAACUCGAAUUCGCGUAAGAGUAUUGUUGGUGGCGACAGGGAACGUGCGGAGGUGCUUGCUGCCGUCCGCAAGGGAAUUUUGAAGCGCCCUGGCUCAGCCAGCCCUUCCAUCCGUCCUGCUGAUUCCUCGCCUGGCCUUGAUCUCCCCAGCGUUCCUGCUGUCACCGAUUCCCCGAACUCCAGUGCCCCUAGCACUCCCAACGACGAGUCUCAGGGCCAUCGCCGAACUGGCUCGAUUGCUAUUGGCAGUGAAGACUAUUUCAUGUCCGCUUUGAGGCUACGACAGGACAGCAAGAGCGCACCAAACACUCCCCACGGAUCUACCAAGCGUAACGCUACUUUCUCGCCCCGUAUUGUCUUCCACGAUACUUGGCCUAGUCAGGAGUACGAUCGUCGCGGUGAGAUUGCUACCUGCAACCGAUUGACUCCCAUGCUUGCGCAGCAGAUCAAGGAGGAGCUGAACACCUUCAAGAUGGAAAUGGAGGUUCACGAAAACUCAAAGAUUUACACGCACUUUUUCUGAUGAUGGCAAUGCCCACCACGAGGAGCGAAGCUUGUUAGCGCAGUGUUUUGUUUCCUUGACUGAUACCGGAGAUCAAGCCGGAAUCUUGUAUUGCAAGCAACCAUAUUAACCGCUUGGGCGUUUGGGACAGCAUUGUACGGUGUUAAUGGUGUUGAUCACUCUAACCAGUCUCUACAUGUCAUGUGGAAUUUAGACCAAAGAGUCAUACAUUUCUUUAAUUUUGCUUUGCUUCAUCUCUCUUUUCUUUUCAUCUGGGACCGACGAGGAAUGGAGCGUAAUGGAAAUUACAUACAUACAUAUUUCUGGGCUUGCAGCAGUGUAACCAUUGAAACGGGGACACCGCGUUAAUUCACAGAACAUCAUUUGCUAGUCUUGUCGACAUGAACCAAAAAAAUCAAUGGAAUGGAUACAUCAUUAAGUUUUAAUUGCUUGGCCGGAACAUUUUACAUCG